ACAGAUGUAGCCCUACCUCCAGCUGCUCAUCUGGGAGCAUCUCUGACUACUGGCCACUUAUUUCGUCGUUUGACUUGCAUUUUAGACUUUAACUCUUGCAGGAGAAAUACAGUCGGAGUUGUCCCCCGGAUCGUGGGAUGUGAGCUGUUGUUGUGUCUGUGGGUGACGGAGGGGGGACGGGGGGCGCUCUGCUCUGCUCUGCUCUGCUCGGCUCGGCUCUGCUCUGCUCAGUGCAGGACGCAGGAGACAGUCGCUCUCCAAGGUGCUGAAAGUGGGAGCGCUCCCUCCUCAGUCUCGGCUAUACUGACGAUGAAUGCGACCUCUGCCGAGAACCCGCAAAUCAAACAAUGACUGGCUUCAACCCCGCUCGCUUUCAUUUUUCAUACUCUAACUUCUACCCUUCUGGAUUUGUAUUUUUCAUACAGCCGCUGGAUGUACACACGCAUGCAACAAGACUGACUGCAGCUUUCUAACAUUCACCUGCGUCGUUGGGAAAUAUUGAAUUGACUCCGGAUUCUCAGGGAACGCUACAGAGGAUUUUUUUUUCUGGCUGGUUUUCUCGGGCUCUGUCUCCGUACUGCAUGCUUCUGGACGUGAACUGUUUGUCUCAAAAAAAUAAAUAAAUAAAAAAGGUGAGUCCGACGAGGAUGAAUCAUGAAGCAGACCUACUUUUACGCGGAUAUCGUUUUCUUUCCACUGGAAAGGGGGAACCAUAUCUCCAAAAGGCUGGUGUUUAAUUGCUUUUAAAGCCAUCAUCACGACCGGGAGGGAGGAUUAUAGUGUCUCGUGGAGUCUGGUGUAUUUACCCUGUGGAUAAAGUGAAGUUUCCAAUAGGCUAGGCGACUAUCUUUAAUCUGCUCUAGCCAAUCUAUCUGUCGGGCUCCCUGGCUUCACACUAAGUGGAUAUCAAGCUAUUUCAACGCGCCCAUUUCCUCAUGAUGCUGAUAAUGAAGCGCAGGACGGAUCCGGAGAGGAUACCGGGAGCCUAGGGAUGACAUCCACACAAUCUCGUUGAAUGUGGAUAUCGAUGCCGCGGCGAAGGAUGGGCCCUCUCCUGUCGGCCGCCUUCGCCCUCCUGCUGGCCCUGAGCUCCGUGUGUCCGGCCUCGGUGGGGAACCCCGAGGAUUACACCGCGGACGAGGCGGAGCGGACCGCCGGUGAAAACAUCGUCUUCGAUGACUACCGGGGGAAAGGAUGCGUGGACGACAGUGGCUUCGUCUACAAACUCGGGGAGCGGUUCUACCCGGGACACUCGAACUGUCCGUGCGUGUGCACGGAGGACGGGCCCGUGUGCGACCAGCCCGAGUGCCCCAAACUGCACCCUAAGUGCACCAAAGUGGAGCACAAUGGAUGCUGCCCCGAGUGCAAGGAGGUUAAAAACUUUUGCGAGUACCGGGGGAAAACAUACAAAAUACUGGAAGAAUUCAAGGUGUUUCACCUACAGGGUUCCCCAUCAGAUGAGGAAGGGACCAGUCCGCCCAGCAUGGCUGCCGGCGUCCCUCUGGCCCCAGCGCAGCUGCAAUCAAGAACCAGGAGAUAUAGGCCGUCACCCUGUGAAUGGUGCCGCUGCGAACCAAAUAAUGAGGUGCACUGUGUGGUGUCCGACUGCGCCGUCCCAGAGUGUGUCAACCCUGUGUACGAGCCGGAGCAAUGCUGCCCCAUCUGUAAAAACGGUCCAAAUUGCUUUGCUGGAACAACGAUCAUCCCAGCCGGAAUUGAAGUAAAGGUGGACGACUGCACCAUCUGCCGCUGCCACAACGGAGACUGGUGGAAGCCGGCGCAGUGCUUGCGGCGGGAGUGCCUCAACGGCCAGACGUUGUCAUAGAGAGACUCCACUGGGGAUGGUGGAAAAGCUCAGGCAAGGCCCUGCCUACUGCACCAUUUUGUAUGAUUGACAGGGCAGGAGCACAAUUCCUAAGCAACCUGAGACAGCAUAGCAUCGACGAGAUGCUCUCACAAGCUUCACACAAACACAAAUUUAGCCACCGAGAAGAUGAUGGAACUUGUCUCAAGGCUGUUUCCACCCUCCAGUUUUAAUUGUCCUAUAUAUUUUCAGAAGUUGACUUGCUUGACUCGCUGCUCUCACACACAAAGUUUCUAAGCUCCUUGAACUCUUUCCUAACCAUUAGCAAUGUUGAAUUGCUCAUGUUGAUUUCUGUAUGUAUGCCAUCUGCUUGUUGUACUCGUCUGUCACAAUCACGCAGGUGUUGUAAUAUUCCAACAGCAGGAAAAACAAACCGUAAGCACACUUAACGGCACUUUUUCUUUCUGUCAUACGAGGAUUGAUGACGGUGAAAGCACUGCAGAGGUGUGCUCGAGUUUCACGACUUCACUCUAAGAGCUUGUUUACAAGAUGCACAUCACACAUAAAUGUUUGUGUCUUCAUAAGACUUUAAGACUUUUUAUCGCUAUGGCAGGAACUCACCUCUAACACUUAGAUGAUGCUACUGUCAAUUUUAUAAACUGCUAUAAAAUGCCAAAACGCUGAUUUUAUUGAUCAACACACCAUGGCUGAGUCAUGUUUCUGUAUAGUAGCAGCACAGGCAGGGGAAGCUGGUGCUGUAGAGAGAGGAAAGGCAGGAACAGUGGCAGCAAGCAGCUAUGAGAGGGGUAGAUGUAAAAUUCUGCAACACUGAAUCAAAACAACAACUUUGGGCAGCCUCUUCCGGCUUAAUUGUCGUUAUUGUUUUCUCUCAGAGGUCCAUAUCCUCCGAAAUAUUCCCGCUAACUAACUGCUUGAACUUGUUAUCAAAGCAAUUAGCGAGCCAAGAGCAGCCUGCUUUAAUUUCCCUUAAUCAAGGAGUAUUCUGUGAUAAAUCAUCCAGCUGGGUGCUUGGCGCUGCCACAGCCUGCAUGCUGGGCACACGCCACGAGAACCAGCAGACAAAGGGAGGAAUUCUGCAUAUGUCUGAAUGCUUUUAAGCAGCAUUCACGUGCACAUUGUCCAUGUGAGCAUACACAAGCACCCCAUUCAUCCACAAUCUCACAGCCUCAGGAUGUUGAUCGGCACCCAGUGAAGCACUUAAACCUUAAGGCUUGUUAAGAUACAAAGCUGUCACAUUAUCCCACUGUUAUAGAUUAUGUAAUAGAUUUUCAGCUCGUCCCCUCCCUGAUAUGUUUAGAGCAGCUCUUUGGAUGUGGUGCGGCUGUAUAGUCAGGGCUAUAACAUAGAGACAAGCUAAUGUAUUGCCUUGAUAUUUUCCCAGAGCAGAGUGGUCCUCAAGUGGUCCAGUCUGAAAGAAAAAGCACCCAAACAGGGCCCAAAACACGAUAUUUUUGAGAUGAUAAAUACCAGUCAUUAAUUCAAAGGUGAAUUCCAGUAAGCUUGUGCCAUUCAUCACCGGAAUUUUUUCCAUUUCCAGAAAAUCCGUUCCUGUUAACCUUUUAGACCCUAUUCCUGGGUGGUGAUGGAUGGGCUGCUUAAUAGCAGCUCCCAGCACUCUGUAAUGAGACAGAAAUGAAUAUAGGAUAAAGACCAAUGACUAAAGAGGUAUAUUACCGUAAAAGGCACUAAAACUAAUUUUUGGAAGGAUCUCAUAGUGCGCAGUAUAUUCCAAAGCUGCAGCACAUGGUUGAUGGAGGAAUUACAAAACUGAAAGAGAGUGGGUGGGGUUCAAUCCUAGGUGCAACAAUGGAGCCGGGGUCAUUUUCAUCAUUAAGCUACAGUGAUUUAGUGUCUCUCAGUGUGAAAAGACAGUCCUCAUCUAUCUGGCUUGAGGUCCGCAGACUCAUAAAACAAAACUGACAUCUACGGUUUAUCAAUCACAGCCUCCGUGCUCCAGACAUUUUAGGAUUAAUAAAAGAGCUUCAUUCAUCUUAAUUACUUCAGAUGCCAAAUAAUUAUUCAGGCUGCACAUGUAUCCAAAAAUAUAUUGGAAUUACUUUACUGGGUAGCAAAGACUGAAGUGAGUGUGCCAGGGCUCAGAGGCAUUGCUGCCGCCACAGAUGCCUUAUUGCUACUGUUCCAGAUAAGAUCCACAAAGCAUGGCCUUUGGCUUCACACAGUAUGAACAGCCAAGUCUGCGUUAAGUGCUACUUUCUUUGCACUCCUCAGCGCAAUGGUUUAACAUUAUGGAUUACCCAGAACUAGUUAUUAUUUUACCCUUUGACAUUCCUCUAAAAACUGGGGUGAAUUAGUGGUACAAAGGCAAGCAAGGACACGGAGAGUUCAGUCACGGCUAAAAAUGCAGGAUUGAAUUCACACAUCUAGAAAUACACUGGUUUUUUUUAUAGGAGUAAGAGGAGAAGCAGCAAAAAUGGCAGAGGGAGAAGUAUCAAGGCAAUUUGAUCCAAAUGACAAUGUGACAUUGCAACUCAUUUUCGUGUUUGGUUGUUCUGAUUCAGUUUCCUUCCACGCCUCCGAGGUGCACUGCAUUUGUUAUACUAAACUGGGGUGCCAUGGCUGCUCGUCUCCUUAAUUUGCAUGCUACAAGCUGCUGCUAAGAGUGAAGGUAGGAGUGCAGAGGGUGACGUAGAGUCAAACCAUCCAGACCAACCAGUUUUUUCUCUUGCCAGGUCAGGCAAAUGGGUCAGAAUUCUACUUGCCCAAAGUCAAUUUAUAUUCACCCUUAAACAAAUUGUUGUAUUUAUUAGCAGUUAUCAAAUAACAACAGAUUAAAAGUGCCAUGUUUAAUCUUUAUUUAAGGAAAUGAAUCAGAAUUUUAACUCCUUUGUCCAAGAUAAUCGAAAUGUGUGCUUGUGCUUCACUCAUAAAACUUGUCUUUACUUGCCGCCAUUUUUGUUGUGAGUGCCCAAUUAAUAUGGGGCAUUUGCAGCUUUCAGCAGACAUGAGAAGGCUAGGAAAUGUGCUACAUAAUUCUUUUCGUUUGCUACUUAAUUCUUUUUUUUUUUACAACGUGCCUGUUUGGGCAAGUGAGUUGCUAAUUUACUGGCCUAGUGUGGCAUUUUCCUCGUCCAGGGCAAUUCUUAUUGUUGAGCCCUGCCAAGAUCAUGCUCAAUUGUCCCUGCAUACAUACAGUAAGGAGCUGAGUUGUGAUCUAGGCUGCUGGUGGGAAGCAAAAAAGAGACAUAAAAUUAAACAAGCAAAUUAUAUAUUCAAAGCAGCGAGUACAGUCAAAGAAAACUGGAGGAAUUGUUCUUCACCCCAGUAAGGGAGAUAUAGGCAAACAGACAGACUGUACUGGUGCACAUGUUGCUCUCCACUGUAAGUGGGUUGACUGCUUGAAAAUUACUUUUAUAUUUGUCAUUGACAACUAAACCGGAUGAAUUAGGCUCCACAUGGAUUAACAUAUAGUAGUUUCCUAUGUGUGUCGUUUGAAAGAAUGGGCUGUGUUUAAAAACACAAUAAAAAAAAAAAGGCAUUUCACAGAGAGCCUCCGCCUGGGUGAACCGGGGGGAAAUUACAUUUCUCCUUGCAAAUACGUGAAGCUGCACAGUUUCAAGGACAGGCCAGCAGCACAGUCUGUCUUUGUUCAUUUUCUGCCAAGAAACUUGAGUCUUUACGUCUGUCUCUAAAUGUCUAUUCAGAUUACCUCCAUCUGUCCUCCGAUCAUUCAGACCGCAGGCUUGUACAUGGGCAUUUUGUAAAGGUAUACCAUUCGCUCUUUCCAUGAGACACCGAUUUACUGUAGCUGGAAACUAUGGAAGAUCUUUCCUUUUUGUCACUUUUUUUUUUCAGCAACAAAACUGUUACAUAAAGUGUGCCUGAAAACCAACAGAGUACUAUCUGGAAUAUGAAGAGAGAAACACUGUUAUUAUACAAUCAAUUGUAUUAGUUUUUGGGGCACCAAGGGUCUGUUCAUGCGUGGCUCCAAAGUAGGAGGGUGUCAUUUCUAUAACAAAUUUGAAAUUUGUUUAAAAUUAAGAGCAUCUUUGAUUGUAUAUGAACACAUGCUCGCACAGGUUCACCCUACGCUGUACAAGAGAUAAAAGGUCCACAUUUUUAAGAAUUAAACAGCCCUUGGUGUUCCCCAUGUUGUUCAUAUGUAAAUAUCUUCAAACGUAUAAUGUGUAUUCUGAAAUCUGAGGUGGAGUAAAACACAACAAAAAAAAGACAUAAGAAAUGAGGAAAUGUGUAUUAUUCAUCCAGACAAAAACUAUUUUGUUAAAUAGACUUGAAAAGUGUUAUUCGGCAAA